UAUAGUUUGAAGUACAUUUGAGUAAACUUCAACUAAAUCUUUUAAAAUAAUGCAUCCCAGAAACAAAUAUUGCAAUAAUCCUGCAAACUUUGGAAAACUAGGGGAAAAAUAUCCUGAAUUUCGCAAGUAUUUAGUGCCAACAUCGAGUGGAUAUACAAUAAAUUUCAAAGAUCCAAAAGCUUUGCGUGAACUUACAGUUUGUCUUCUUCAUCAUGAUUUUGGAUUGACGGUUGAGUUGCCUCUUGAUAGACUUAUACCAACUAUCACAUUAAGAUUGAACUAUAUUCAUUGGAUUGAAGAUUUACUUCAAAUGUUACCAAAGAAUGAUCAGACACAGAUUACAGGAAUUGACAUUGGCACUGGUUCGUCCUGUGUUUAUCCUCUUCUUGGAGCGAAGAUUAAUAAUUGGAAAUUCUGCGCUUCGGAAGUUGAUGAAAUAUCGUAUCGUUUCGCAAUCGAGAAUGUGAAAAGAAAUCAUUUUGAGGAAACUAUACGAGUACAUCUCGUGACGCCAGACGUAAUCUUGGUGGACUUGUUGAAGGAGGGCGAGCAGUAUGACUUUACUAUGUGCAAUCCACCAUUCUUCGCCGAUAAGUCGGAAACAGUCGGGAGCUCGAGAACUGGCGAUCGUCCCCGACCGAGCUCUGUAUGCACAGGUUCAGAGUCUGAGACAGUGACUUCGGGUGGGGAAGUGACGUUUGUUGGGAGAAUGAUUGAAGACAGUUUAAGACUGGGGUCUAGAGUUAAAUGGUUUACGUCAAUGUUAGGGAAAAAAUCAAGUUUAGCUUCCGUUUUAACAAAGCUAAAACAAAAUAAAAUUUCCAAUAUUAUCACCACAGAGUUCUGUCAAGGCAAGACAAUGAGAUGGGGAGUUGCAUGGACGUUUUUAUCGGAUGUUCUGACGCAGGAUACGCCAAAAAAAAGACGUAAAAAUAAACCACUGGAGUUUACAUUUUCUUCGACGUCGUUUUGUUCAAAGGAGUCACUUUCUGGGACAAUGAAUAUCAAUCAAUACAUCAAUAAAAUUUCGAAAAUAUUUAAAGAAAUCCUUAACGAUCUUCAGGUACAGGUUUUGUCUGAAAGUUCAUCAGAUGAAAGAAAGAUGAAGUUAUCGAGACUUCACUGUUGUGCCACUCAUAAUACCUGGGCCAACCAGAGACGUAAACGACGUGAAGCGGCUGGGAAACUGAAAACUAGUAAACAACUUUCAACCAAUGGCACUUCAGAAGAUGAACAAUCAAAAAAUCCACCAAGAACGUCAGAGAUUAGCCUUGAAGAAUUAGUUACAUCAGAUCAAGAUACAGUUUCCAUAGUCAAUGAAACAGUCCAGAAAUUUCCUGCAGAAUCGUCAUCUGUUUCGACAGGCGGGGUCCAUGAUGGAGAUCAGAGUUCAAGUGAUGUUAUCGCUGGGAAAUGUUCGGUCACCCUGAUGACGAAUACUAGAGCGAAACAUCCAGCUACUCCUGAAGAAGAAACACAAAAUAAUGACAACAUAAACGACAACGAUUAUGUAACAGAACCUGAUCAUAUUGGCGUCAAAGUUUCUUCAACUGGAAAUAAACGAAGACACUCGUCUUCUUCUGAUAUUACAAAACGCAAGUUCUUAAAAUCAGACGAUACGGAAGAGAGUAAACAAGUGUUGAUUGAGUUCACCUUGUCUCUUGGAACUAAAUGCAAUGAUCUUGUGGAAGAUGAUGUUUUACCUGAAAUGUUUUUACAAAUGGAAUGGAUUGACGGACAAGAUCGGAAUUGCAUGUACCAGUUGUUUCAGUAUUUUAAAAAUCGUUUUAGCUCCUAAGACUUUUCAGAAAAGAGAGAUUAGUCAGGUGAAUUUUGACGUGAACUACAGGAUUUUUAAAAGAGCCUU